GUGUGUGUGUGUGUGUGAUCAAACGGACACGCGUGGUCGGCUGUCGGGAGGAUUUCAUUUUUCACAUGGACUGAUUUUUGUUUUAAACUCCGGCGGAGCCCGCGAGGCCCGAGCCUGGGCCGCAGCCGCGCGGCAGAUGCCGUCUGUCCUCCCGGAGAAUUUAACCACAUAACCGCCCGCUAGCACGGAGGCUAACCAGGCUAACACACCGACACGAACACGGCAGAGACGAUGUUGAUGUUGAUGCUGAUGUUUCUCCUCGCGGAGAGUCUGUCCGGCGGCGACGGGUCAGCCGGUACGGACUGCAGCCUGUCCGGCACGGAGACGAACGGCGCGGCGCGUUUACUGUCCGCGGUGGUCGACGCACAGGCGGCGGAGCAGAGCCGGAGGCAGCACCUGGAGGCUCUGUUCAACAGAUACGGAGAAAACGGCACCAUCUCUCUGGCCGGGUUGAAGCGUCUCCUGCAGAGCGUGGGCUUGGACCGCAUCAGGACCGUUAUGGUGCAACAUCACGAGCAACCGGGCCACCACGAUCACCUCCACCAUCGCCACCACCAUCACCAUCACCACCACGAGGGUCGCCAGCACCAUCACCCCCAUCUCCACGACAACCCGCAUCACCAGAAACGCACUGAGCCCUCGCAGCUCGGAAAGUUUCCAAAGACGACCGAAGUGUCCAAAGAUCAGCAAAACCACCACAACCUGCACGACAAGAAGGCCACGGCGGCGGCGGCGGCGGCUCAGGCGGUCGGCAGCACGGCGGCGUACAGCGCCCAGCUGGUGGUGAAACCAGAUGAAGCUCAUAAGAGAGAAGACGGCAGCACAGAGCAACCCGGUCCUGCAGGGGAGGAAACCACCCGAGCGUCUGCCGCCAGACUGGUUCCUGAGAGCCAGACGCAGGCUGCCGCAGUCAGCCGCGGGGACCACGACCAUGACCACCAUGACCACGACCAUGACCACAUAAACCAGGAUCUUCCCCACAACCACAGCGUGGACGGUGUCGAGUGUCUCAACGCGUCCAGCAUCCUGUCCUCACACGGCAUGUCUCAGGAGGUGGGCGUGACCCUCGCUGACUUCAGCCUCCUAUGCCCCGCCCUCCUCAACCAGAUUGAUGGCGGCGCGUGCGUCCGGCACGGCGGCGCUGCAGAACACGGGGAGAGAGACCACAAACACGGUCACAGUCACCAUGGUGACCACAACAGCUCAGCGCACGGCCACAGGGAGCCCUCGGCGGGGGACCGAAACAUCACGAUAGCGUGGGUCGGAGGCUUCGUCUCCAUCACCAUCAUCUCCCUGCUGUCCCUGCUCGGCGUCGUCCUCAUCCCGCUCAUGAACAGAGUUUUCUUCAAGUUCCUCCUCAGCUUCCUGGUGGCGCUGGCCGUCGGCACGCUGAGCGGCGACGCCUUCCUUCAUCUCAUCCCCCACUCUCAGGGGGGCCACCAUCACCACCACGAGGUCUCUGGGACGGAGGGACAUCACGUCCACGCCGAGCCGGAGGAGGACCUGGACGCCGUGUGGAAGGGUCUGACGGCUCUGAGCGGAGUCUACCUCAUGUUUCUCAUCGAACACUUCCUGACGCUGGGAAAAAUGUACAAGGACAAGAAGCAAAAGAUCCAGAAGAAGUGGGACCAGAACGACAAAGCGGAUCCAGAGAAGCAGCCCGCUCUGGAGGAGAACGACCUGAAGCCGACUGAAGACGUGGAGACUAAUGGCGCCGGGAUGUUUGGCGACCACUCGAGCAGCCUGCACGGCGGCAGCGUGGCGGAGGAGGAGCAGGUGAUGCUGGCGCCGCAGGUAUCCGUCGUCUCGCCGCAGGGUUACGGCGGAGCGUCGGGGGCCGCCGCCUACACCGCCGAGGACUGCGAGAACAAAUGCCACUCCCACUUCCACGACACGGUGGGCCAGACCGACAGCAUGCACCACCAUCACCACGACUACCACCACAUCCUGCACCACCACCACUCCCAGAACCACCACCCCCACAGCCACUCCCACUCCUACUCAGAGCAGCACUUCCAGCAGGCCGGCGUGGCCACGCUCGCCUGGAUGGUCAUCAUGGGCGACGGACUGCACAACUUCAGCGACGGCCUGGCGAUCGGAGCCGCCUUCACGGAGGGUCUGUCCAGCGGUCUGAGCACGUCUGUGGCUGUUUUCUGUCACGAGCUGCCUCACGAGUUAGGUGACUUUGCGGUGCUCCUGAAGGCCGGGAUGACGGUGCGUCAGGCCAUCCUCUACAACGUGUUGUCGGCCAUGACGGCGUAUUUGGGCAUGGUGACCGGUAUCCUGAUCGGACAUUACGCCGAGAACAUCUCCAUGUGGAUCUUCGCCCUCACAGCCGGCCUCUUCAUGUAUGUGGCGCUGGUGGACAUGGUGCCCGAGAUGCUGCAUAACGACGCCGGAGAUCACGGCUUCAGCCACUGCGGCUUCUUCCUGCUGCAGAACGCCGGCAUCCUGCUGGGCUUCUGCAUCAUGCUGCUCAUCGCCAUUUUCGAGCACAAAAUCCAGCUGGACCUCGGCUACUGAAGAGGGCGGCGUCCUCCCAAGCUCCUCGUGCUUCUGUCACAAGUGUAGUGUUGUUUUUUUACUUUAUUUGUCGCUUUAGACAGUCCGAUCGCAUCGAUUUAGUUCGUGUUCGUGUCACAUGAUGCAGGAAGAAGCAUCACUUCAAUCGAAUGUAAUCCAGGAAGUCGCCAUGUCCGACGGGAGCAGAAGCCACACGCCAACGAGCUGCGAGCGUCAAAUAUCUGCUGCUCUAAAGAAGCGUUUCUUCUUUUUGUACUUUUAGGGACUGCUGUUAAAAAACGCAGACCCCGAAGUGGGAGAAAACAAAAAAUAACUAAAAAUUCCAAACAGCUCUUAUCUCUAAAAAAUCCAAACAGACACUAAAGCAGCACGAGAAAACUGUGAUUUCCUCCCGUCGACCUUUUUGCCAACAUAUUUGAUUUAGUUCGUGUUUUUUUUCUGUUUUAAGUGUUUCUGCUGCUGAGUUUAACCAGAUCAGUAUUCCAGAUGAAAUCCGAAGUGCCGUAACAGCCCCAGUGUGAGCGCAACGCCACACUGACGGACCCCUCACGUCUGAGAGUCCCUGCUUUAACCCGUUAACCCUUUCAAACCUGAGACUUCAUUUCUUUUUUUUUUAAAGGGAAAAAGGAAAAUGAGCAACUUCA